GCCGUCUCGCUUCUCAUGCUCUCAAGAGGCUCUGGCCCGCUACGACGACUGCCUCGGGCGGCGGUCCCGCUUCGUCAGUUCUCGUACUCCUCGAGAUGGCUGGAAACAAAACCGCAGCCUACGCCAGGGAACGCUUUUCAUGACCCGACGCUGCCUCCUCCUUCCGACGCGAGCACGGAUUCUAGCAGUCCUCCGAGCCAAUCUCAGCCGGAUGCAGAGGCCAGCGCAAGCUCAAGUGCAAAGCCCACUGCUGUCGACGUAGCGGCAGCUCAGGAACGGCUGCGGGGAUGGUCAGAGAGCAAAGCGAUCGCUCUACGAAAGCGCGCGGACGACUUGACCGCGUCGAUGCUCACGACGUUCUCCCAGCUCGGGAGCCACCUCAACAAAUUCACCGGCUACGACGAGAUAGAGGCGCUCAAACGACGGGUCGUCGAGCAAGAGGCCCGAAUAUCUGAGGCGCGGGAGCACGCUAGAGCGGCCAAGAAGGCGCACGAGGACGCCGUGCUGCAGCGCUCCAACUCGCAGCGCGAGGUGAACGAGCUCCUGCAGCGCAAGUCGAGCUGGAGCGACGCGGACGUCGUGCGCUUCACGCACCUCGUGCGCGAGGACCACUCGCACGAGCAGGCCGAGGCGCGCGCGAAGGCCGAGGCCGCGCGCGCGGAGGAGGCGGUCGAGCGCGCGUUUAGUGACUUGAUGCAGAGCAUUUUGGCGAGGUAUCAUGAAGAGCAGGUGUGGUCGGACAAGAUUAGGAGCGCGUCGACGUACGGCUCGCUCGCGGCGCUCGGGCUCAACGUCGUCGUGUUCGUGCUCGCGAUCGCGCUCGUCGAGCCGUGGAAGAGGAGGCGGCUCGCGCAGACGUUCGAGAAGAAGAUCGAGGAGCUGGAGGUGGAGAAUCGGAAUAUGAUCCAGGGCGGGAUGAAGGAGCUCUCGCAGCACCUGGAGACGCAGGAGCAGUUCCUGUCGCACAUUGCCGCCAUGGCGGCUGCUCUGCCCAGUGUUGAAACACCAUCUACUGGGCUUUCUACGGAUGAUUCAUUGGAGGGGACGCCAGCCGAGGGUGUCAGUACGCGGACUUCUAGUGAUCAGGAUAUAGUUACUCUUGCAGCAGCCACAGCCGUUGUCGCAGGUAUCGCAGGAUGGGUAGCACGUAGCUGGUAUGGAAGCUAGAACUAAUUCCUUAGACUCAC